UUUCCCGUUUCAAUUCCCGUCGUGCAAUGCGACAAAGAAAAUGGCGGCCUUCUGAAGGCAGAAGUUGUGUACAUUGGAUACGCAAUUUUGAAGACUGUUUUGGACCCCUUCUUCGUCGCAAGCCUGGAUCUAAUUGUUUCAGAGAAGCGGGGUCGACGCAGGGAAUAAUCAUGGCGUGGUCUGGGGAACAAAAGAGGCUGGAAAACAAGAAGAAGAACCUGGAUUCCAAGAUUCGGUUUAGUGCGUGGACGCCGAUGAAUCACACGCCAACGAAUGACAAGGUAUAUGAAGAGAGAAAAGACGUGCUGAGAAAAUGGUUUGACAGGUGGAGUGACACACAGCGCCGUGCAUCCAUCGUUGAAAUCAUGGAGCGCUGUAGCUUGGGACAGCUCCAAUUCAUGAAGCAGAUCGCUGUCGCCAAAUUGCCCAUAGUCUGCCAAGAUUUUACAAGGGAACUUCCCAGAGCAAUCUGCCUGUAUAUCUUCUCGUUUCUGGAUCCCCGAAGUCUGUGCAGAUGUGCUCAGGUUUGUUGGUACUGGAAGUACUUGACCGAGCUGGACCAGAUCUGGAUGCCUAAAGCGCUGCGGCUGAGCUGGUACCUGACCUUCUCUCCAAGUCCCUAUGAGACGGGUGUGUGGAAGAGGCACUACCUGGAGAACGUCAGGGGUUUGCAUUACGUCAACCCUAAGGAAUCCAAGGUGCCAGCCAGUUCCGAGCUGAACGGUAACACGGCCGACAGCCCCACACCCGACAAGACCAGCAAACGCUCCGCCCCUAAGCUGAAGAGUAAGCCCCCUAAGCCCCUGGAGCACAAGCCUUGGAGGGCCAAUGCACCGAUGGCUGAGGAUAUCAAGAGAAAUAACUACUUGGAUAACCCGGAUGAAAUCCUUCUACAGAGGCAGAAACGUCUUGAGAGGAACAAGCAGAUGAGGGAGCGACGGAAUUCAGCCUCUGCCUCAGACCUGACCAAGGACCCAGAGAGAGCAGCCAAGAAGACCCAGGCCUCGGUCAAUAUGGCUUACAAACUCAAGAAGGCCAAGUCGUCAUCGAAUAUUGCCAGCGAUGAAAAACCUGCCUCCAAUCUGGCCCCCGACAGGCCCAUGUGGGCCCAGAACACGGAGAACCUGCCCCCAGACAUGCUGGUGACGGCCGACACCAUCGGGGGGAAGGAUGCGUCCAGACGACCCCCGCCUCUGGCCAAGAACAUCCCCCGAUCGGCUGCGGUCAGGAGGAAUGAUAGAGACUUGCCAGAAGGUGAUCUGUUUCCAACUCGAGGAUGGCAGCAAGUUGACUUUUCUGAUGACGAAGGAUGACCUCGCUAAGGGACAGUAGAUAAUAAUAUUAGAUUAAUUAACAGCCGAGGGAACAGUAUUAAAGAAAUCACAGAACAGAGAGAUGUUAGGCCAAAAAAAAGUCUUCGGUUUCUGGUAUGGAGCUUGCCCCAAAAGUGGUGCGGCAACGCGGCUCCCCCCCCCUU